AUGGACUUGGGUCACGGGAAAAAACAUCGAACUGUUAUUCAGGGAGAAGCAUCUGAAUCCGAUGAUGACGAUGAUUUAGACCCGAGUCCUUUAAGAGCUAAUGAUGCCCGAAUUCCUAUCCCAAGUUAUCAGGAAUUGAAGACGCCAAUGUUUAAGGGAAUAGUGGUGGCUGGGGAAGCCUCAGAGUCAGAUGAAGAAAUCAACACUACUGAUGUGAAUACUUCUUUACCACCCCUAAAAGUGGAUAAAGGUAUCUUCGGGGAUGACCCAAGCCUCAAUAGUUCUCUCAUGAGUUCCCCUCUGUCACGCCAGAGGUACCAAGACGCAGCCCAACAACCCAAAUAUGACACGUUACUACAUGCAAAACUCCGAGACCGAAAUGUAGCCCUGGCUCGUCAUUUGAGGGAUGCAGUGAAACAUGUUUACGUGUCAGCCACAAAAGACCUCAAUUCCAAUUCCCAGAACCUGUAUAAAACACAGGCAGCCAUCCAGGAUGUUUCCCACAACAUGCGCCUGCUGACCAAUGAUUUGUUUCAUAUCCAAGACAAGAUUGAUAUCAUUACAACAUGCAACUUGCUCCCCACCAUCGACAUCACAUUGCCAUCCAAUGAAAAUUAA